CUCACUCUCAAAUCUCCCUCUCUUCGCCUUGUCCAGCUUCACCCCCUUUCCUGCGGUGGAUUAUUUAAUUUUUCGAAAACAAUUUUCCAGUCCUGGAAAGCCGGCCGGACCGUGCUGGAGGAGUAGUGUACCGAAUGUAAGAAGCCAGGUAAACAUCAUUAUGCCUCAUUCUGAAGAUACACUUUGCUGUAAGCGAUAGCCACCUUAUCUCCUGUACUGCCUUGUCCUCAGAUCUGCAGUGAUGUCCACCUCAGGAGGGAACAGGGAGCAAUGGCAGGGUCUGGAAUCCCUGGGAAUAAGCCGGAAAGAGCUAGCAUUGGCAGAGGCUCUACAAAUGGAAUAUGAUGCAAUGUCACGUCUACGACAAGAAAAGAAACCAUCAGAGAGUAAUGAAAACCAACUGAUAUCUUGGGAUGUUGUCUCCCAGGUGCCUGCUUCUGUUUCCUCACCCCCUAAAACUAAACCUCCCCCAUCUGGUGACUACUUGUAUAUAUAUGGUGAUGGAUACCAUAGCAAUGGUCGGGGAGAAGGAAGAAGCUCUCCCAAAAACCUGUCUCCUCCUCCAUUACCACCACGCACACAUAUUUUGAGCCAGCGCAAAGACAUUCCCCCAACCAAUUUGACCAAAAGCCACCAAAUGCGGGAUGUCAAUGUGUACAAUGGAGAUGUGGGAGGAAAAUUUCUCAGUCGUAGGAUUUCUGAACUGGAGGAUGAGGAUGUAGUGGAUACAGAAGAGAGAAGGGGAAGUGGGUUUUCUGACUUGGACUAUGAAGGUAUUAAUGACACCAUCACCCGCCUUAAUCUAGCAUCUACGUAUGAUUCUGAACUGCUGCGCCAAGCUGAGGGCCACUGGAAAGAAGUGGGCAUGCGGAAAAAGUUGACAGGGAAGCCAGUAUCAAGAAGUAAUACCUUGCCACCCCAGGUGCCUCCUCGUACCUACAUACAGAGGCCUGGAGAAUCAUCGAAAAGUUCCCGUGCUUCUGUUGGCCCGGACUCAUUUCGACCAUAUCCCCAACAGAACAGCUGUGAAUUGUUUGAGAUGUCUGAGCAGAGAGAUGAGGAGACUGCUGCUUUCUGUCACAUGUUGGAUGUUCUGCGCUCUGGACAUAAAGAUCAAAGACACACUGGAAUUGUCUGGAGUCCUGUCAACCUCAGCCCUGAGCACCUGGGUUAUGGAGUGAGCUUGAAAAUCACAGUGAUAGAUGACAGACUGAGGGAUCCUCUCACCUUCACCUGUGACUGUUCGUCUACUGUAGACCUGUUGAUUCACCAGACUCUUUGCUACACCAGUGAUGAUUUGGAUGACCUCAAUGUGUCUGAUUAUGUACUCAAAAUCUGUGGAUUGGAGGAGUUCCUACAGGAUGAACAGCCCCUGGGAAGCCAUGAAUACAUCCAGCAGUGUAGGAAGUUUGACACGGAUGUUCGACUUCAACUGCUUAAAAAAGAGGAUGUGCGCAGUGACCUUGCUAGAUCGGCCAGUGACAGCCAGAGUCCUUCUACUCUCAACCACCAUAUUCAUCUCCAGGAGAGACCUGUCAAACAGACAAUAACCAGGCAGGCUAUCUCCCUGCUCUUCGACACAUAUCAUAAUGAAGUAGAUGAAUUUGUUGCAGCAGAUGUAGACUUCCACCUCCGAUCAGAGAGGGUGGUGCAGUCAGUGAAAGCAAUCUGUAAUGCACUUGCUGCUGUAGAAACCCAGGAAAUAAGCAGUGCACUGAACCAGCUCCCCCCAUGCUCUUCCCGCGUACAGAUCAAGUCCAGUAAGGAUCCCAGUUUUCUGACCAAGAGAGAAAACAGAGAAAAGGUGGUGGAAGGCCUCACGCAAGCCAUCUUUGACCUGGUACAAAUGUAUUGCAGUACAUUCAAUGCAGACUUCCAAACUGUGCUUUAUGCUGAGAGAAAACAGUGCCAGUCGCAGGAUGCCUCUCUCUUAACCAGCCGCCUCUCCUUUACAGUCUAUGCUGCCCACCGUGUCCCCAUAACUUGGGCUGCCAGUUACGAGGAUUUUUGUGUGUCCUGCUCCUUGAGCCAUGGAGGGAAGGAUCUGUGCAGUCCCAUGCAGACCCGCAACAUCCAUGUGUACAAAUAUCUCUUCCAUCUCCUUGUCUGGAACCAGAUGAUUGAAUUUCCAGUCCAGAUAAAUCACCUGCCUCGGGAAACUCUCCUUACAGUUACACUUUAUGCAGUUCCUGUCCCACCUCCUGGAAGUUCCUCUGAGCCAAGCAAACAGAAGCGAAAUCCUGUGCCCCUGGGCUGGGUCACAACACCCCUCUUUGACUUCAGACAGCUUUUAACCUGUGGUCGGCGUUUACUUGGUCUUUGGCCAACAACAAAGCAUGGUAAUACCAGCUUUAGCACACCGAACGUGAAUCAACCAGACAGUAUAAUCCUGCAGAUCGAUUUCCCCACCUCUGCAUUUAAUGUUAAAUUCACAAAGCCGGAAACAGAAGCUUUCAGUCCUAAAUACGAUUUAUCCAGCCUUGGUGAGGAGGAUCGUUCCAAACUCCAGGAAGCCAUGCAGAAGGAGUCUUUAUAUUGUCUGACAGAUGCCGAUAAGAAGCGAUUAUGGGAGAAACGCUAUUACUGCCAUUCUGAGAUCAGCUCUCUGCCCCUCUUACUGGCAAGUGCCCCUAGCUGGGAAUGGUCAUGCCUUCCCGAUAUUUAUGCCCUGUUGGGCCAGUGGACACACAUGAAACAUCAUGAUGCAUUGGGAUUGCUUCAUGCUACAUUCCCUGAUCAGGAAGUAAGGCGUACUGCAGUGCAGUGGAUUGAUUCAAUAUCUGACAAUGAGCUCCUGGAUUACCUGCCACAGCUUGUACAGGCUCUGAAGUACGAGUGUUACCUGGAUAGCCCACUUGUCCGGUUCCUGCUGAAACGAGCAAUCUGUGACCUGAGAAUCACACAUUAUUUCUUCUGGUUACUCAAGGACUGCUUGAAAGACUCCCAGUUCAGUAUUCGCUAUCAAUACCUACUGGCUGCUCUUCUUUGCUGCUGCGGGAAAGGACUACGAGAGGAGUUUGACCGGCAGUGCUGGCUAGUAAAUACCUUGGCUAAACUGGCUAAAAAGGUCAGAGAAAGUGCUCCAUCAUCCAGACCGGAUAUACUCCGGAAUGGGCUUGAAGAUGUUAAGCAGUUCUUUAAUGUGAAUGGCUCCUGCCGACUUCCACUGAGCCCCAGCCUUCUUGUGAAUGGGAUUAUUCCACAGGACUGCUCACACUUCAACUCGAAUGCUGUGCCACUGAAACUAACUUUCCAGAAUGUGGAUCCGUUGGGGGAGAAUAUUCGCAUUAUAUUUAAGUGUGGAGAUGACCUAAGACAGGACAUGCUAACCCUGCAGAUGAUUCGCAUCAUGAACAAGAUCUGGGUGCAGGAAGGAUUAGACAUGCGGAUGGUGAUCUUUCGCUGCUUUUCCACAGGACAUGAGCGGGGGAUGGUGGAAAUGAUUCCUACAGCUGAGACACUAAGGAAAAUCCAAGUUGAACAUGGAGUCACCGGCUCAUUUAAAGAUCGUCCCUUGGCAGACUGGCUUAAAAAGCACAACCCUACAGAGGAGGAGUAUGAAAAGGCAGUGGAAAACUUCAUCUAUUCAUGUGCUGGGUGUUGUGUUGCAACAUAUGUGCUUGGCAUCUGUGAUCGGCACAAUGACAAUAUCAUGCUUAAGACCAGCGGACACAUGUUUCACAUUGACUUUGGACGCUUUCUUGGUCAUGCACAGAUGUUUGGGAAUAUAAAACGUGACCGCGCUCCCUUCGUCUUCACAUCAGAUAUGGCCUAUGUUAUUAAUGGAGGAGACAAGACGUCCAGCCGUUUCCAUGAUUUUGUGGAUUUGUGUUGCCAAGCAUACAACCUUAUCCGCAAGCACACUCACCUCUUCCUUAAUCUGCUUGGGCUGAUGCUUUCAUGUGGCAUUCCAGAACUGUCAGAGUUGCAGGAUCUUAAAUACGUAUAUGAUGCACUGCGUCCUCAAGAUUCAGAGUCUGAUGCCACCACUUAUUUCACAAGACUCAUAGAGUCCAGUCUUGGUUCCGUGGCCACCAAAUUGAACUUUUUCAUCCACAAUCUAGCCCAGCUCAAGUUCAGCAGCUCAGAUGAGCGUUUUGCUCUUUCUUUUGCUCCAAAGACAUACACAAUAAAGACAGAUGGGAAGAUCUGUGAUGUCUUCUUGACCAGAUACAAGAAAAUAUUUACUCCCAACAAAGGAUAUGUUUUUGUCAUAAAGGUAGUGAGAGAGAGCCCUCAUGAAACCUCAUAUAUUCAACGAUCCUAUGAGGAGUUCCAGGAAAUGCACAGCAAACUCCGACUCUUCUUCCCAUCACAGCUCCCAAGUUUCCCCAGCCGCUUUUUGAUUGGGCGUUCUCGUGGAGAGGCAGCAGCUGAGCGCCGGAAAGAAGACUUGAGUGCAUAUGUUUGGCAUUUAAUCCAUGCAACUCCUAAGGUUGCUGAGUGUGAUCUGGUUUAUACAUUUUUCCACCCCCUUCCCCGUGACGAGAAAAAUGGCAGUAACGCUAUAGCCCAAAGGCCUUCAGAUGCAACAUGGGCUGUUCCUGUAGGCACAGUUGGAGGGGAGAUCAAACUCUCAAUAUCAUACAAGCAAAAAAAGCUGUUAAUCAUGGUGAUGCACAUCCGUGGUCUGCCUUUGCAGGAUAACAACGAGCCAAAUCCUUAUGUGAAGAUUUACCUCUUGCCCGAUCCACAGAAAACCACAAAAAGGAAAACCAAAGUAGCUCGGAAAACAUGCAACCCAACAUACAAUGAAGCGUUGGUAUACGAAGGAAUUCCUGAAGGAGAUCUACAACAAUGUGAAAUUCGACUUUCUGUGCUGAGUGAGGAAGGCUUCUUUGAAAAUAUUCUGCUUGGAGAAGUCCGUAUCCGCUUAAGAGAUUUGGAUCUCAGUUGUGAAAAGAAAUGCUGGUUUCAGUUGGGUUCUCACAGCCAAGCAACUAUUUAAGCCUCCUUUGCCACUCUUCGUCAUCACAAAAAAAGGGUGUUAUGAGUCUUGGAGUUUACAAAAACUUGUUUUUUUUUCUCUUUUUAAUAUGGUUAUUGUAUCGAAAAACAAGCUCCGGGAGUUUUUUUUUCUUUUCAUUUAAUUGAUGACUGAUAUGAGAUUAUAUUUUCUUUUCUAAGGGAAUUAGAGAUGCUGCAAAUAAAACAGGCUUCCUUCUAGAGAAGGGUUUUGGACAAAAGACUGGAAGUAUUAAAACAGCUUAAUAAGUUUACCUUGUGUCAAGGGAACCUGAUUGAGGCGAGAAUAGCUGUAGUAUAGACGGGACAUGUUUUUGAAAGGGUAAAAAUAGCAUUAGAAGGGGAUUAAUAAUUUUAUUUUUAAAAAUUAAAAUGAGAAUACGUCCUUUAGAGACGUCAAUAGAGUUUGGGGGGAGUGAUUCAAGGAUCAAGCAAUUCAGGGAGAAAGGUCUGAUUUCUAUUGCAGCAUCUGAAAUAGUUAACUGUACCAGUUUACAUGGUUCUUGGCACUUUUUUUUAUUUUAAAAAGGUCCGAACAUUGGAAAAAUGAAUAGUUUGGUUUGCACCUUAGUGCAUAAUGCAGUCGUGUAAUAGUCAUCCAUUUCUUGAUGAAAUUUUUUUUUUUUAUUUAUUAUUUCAAUCAAUUGAUUGAAUAUAUUUUUCCUGUUUGUAAUUACAUACUUCUUAUCUAAGAAUUAUUAGAAGUUCGGAAAAAAAAAAAGAAAAAGGAAGAAAAACUUCUGGUAAACAACAAUGAGCAUGUAUCCAUGAAAAAUUGUGACUGCAGAAAAGAAUGCCAAUUAGUGUCAUGGCGCUAAAGGGACUUAAUAGAGUUGUUGAUUCUAUUAAAAAUAACUUCUACUUUUGUUAAUAUUCUUAUACUUUUGUGGUCUAUACCUGAUAAAAAAAAAUAUUAUUUUCAGGCGUUACUGUAAUAUUUAUAUUGGCAGGUAGCAGGAAAAGAGAGCAUUGUAGCGUUUAAGAUCAUUCAAUGUUUUUUUAUUUAGGUCUUUUUUUCCCCAUUUUUUUCAUGAUGAUGGGAUCGUUCCCUGUUGGCCUAAGAUGCUUUUGCAACAUACAUGUCAUGACAGAUGUACUUCCACUUAAACUGUAGAUAUUUAAUGAUCAAUGAUAGAAGAUAUAUUUAUAGUGGAAAAUUAACAUAGGGUACUUAGGACGUUUCUUUUAAAUAGUCUUUGGAGUUUCACACUCCAGCAUGAUGCCAAGAAAUGAUGAUACCUUAUAUAGAUUUUCUUCUACAAACAUAAGAUUUUGUAAAUGAAGGCAUUUAGGUGUAUUUUUUUUUUUUUUUUUUGUAAACAAGAGUAAGGUUAUCUGCUCCUUACCUCUGCAUUAAAUCAACGUGCAGUGUACAGCAGGUUUUCCAUCUCCAAGUUAUGAAGAAAGCCUGUAAUUUGGUGAGAUGGGACCUGGGUUAUGUUAGGUCUGUAAUUCUCUAAAGGGGGGAACUGGGGUUUACAUAGACUGUGCCACUGUUAGAGAUGUAAAAUUUCCGGAAAUAUUGAAGCCAUGGAGGAAAACAAAGUGUUUUUGGAAAUUUUCUGAAAAAUUGAAAGAAAGAAAAAAUGCAGAGUGGAGUAUUUUUUACAAAUUGAAAAUCAUUUUGUUACACUGGGAACAAGAAAUGCCGUGUAUAUACAAGUAUGAUGCUUGAAAUAAAAGUACAGCUCAUUCAGUAAAUGAUAAACUUUAUUUUUAUUUUUUUUGUUACAAAUAGAAGGUCUGCAUAUGUUAAGGACAUUUUACCUAUACAUGAGAUCAGGUAUCCCCCACCCCUUUAACUCAAAAGCAACAAAAAUUGAAGAAACCAUCAACAUAAAACAAAAGAUCCCCUAUAAUCCUCCUCCGGGAAUUUGACUGGGAGAGAGAUAACAAUCACCCAAUCAUAUUUGCACCAAGUGGACACAUGGCAUUGAAGGGUGUAAGGACUACCUCAAUAUUUACGUUUCAUAGCGGGGUAAAGUCUCAAGACUUUCAUGAAGGUCAUAAACAUAUUAUUUAUCACUGUAAAAGAACAUAUUCCACACUCCAUAUUUUUUCAAUCUUUUUCCGGAAAAGAAAAACGGCUUUGGGAAAAAAACGGGAAAUGUAUUUUUUUCCCAAUUUUUCCAUUUUUUUUCCAGGCCUUCCCAUCUCUAGCAACUGUACAAUUUAAAGAAAUUGCUUCCCAAGGAGAGCUGGUUUUAAUGAGGGCAGUGAUUGAUCUGCCCCUGCCUAAUACUGACCACAAAUGUUAUGUCUAUGGAAUGUGUAUGUGCUCAAUAAAUUACUCAAUCUGUUAUUUUA